GGACAGUAAUGUUUACAAUAUGGCGUUAUAAUGAAAUAUUUCCAUAGUGCGUAUGCCAAAUUCAGUCAUUGUUUAACAAAUUGCUGUAUUUAUAGAAACCUAACUCUGACAUUGUAAUCAAAAUGUCACGAUAUAGACCCGACAAACUGAAGGGCGGAGGAGCAGAUUCAACCGCGCUAGCUGCAGUAGCCUUACAGGAUCACUUGGUCCGUAGUCUCAACUUAAACUUCGGCAAUGUCAAAACUUUUGGUCCAAGAAACAUUGGACUGGGUCCGGCUGCUCGAUCCAAACAGAGGUCACAACCUAGAGCUGUUGUAGAUACGGGAAGAAACAGAAGUCAAAAAGCAAAACCAAAGAAGAAAGAAGAAGAUGAAGAAUAUGUUCUGGAUCCAUUAAAAGUUCCAAAGCUCUCCCUUGCUCAGAAGAUGGGACUAGUUGACGCCCCAGAGCAACCGCUGUCUGAACAGGAAUGGAUAUCAGUGAAAGAAAAAUCGAACAAGAGAGACGACUCCAAACAGCCAUGUGUUAUCUGUAAGGAGGACUUUGGAACACAGGAGCAGGUUCUCCUAUCAUGCACGCAUGUUUUUCAUAAGGCUUGCCUCCAGGCCUUCGAGAGGUUCACUGGGCGCAAGACCUGCCCUAUGUGUAGGAACGCGGAGUACCAGACCAGGGUCAUACAUGAGGGAGCGAAGGAGUAUAGGAUUAUAUGUGCCACAAAGAUACAGGCCGCUUGGAGAGGUUACGUUGUGAAGUGUUGGUACAGAAAGCUACGCGAAUCUGUUCCACCCAAUGACCCUAAGCUACGACAGAAAUUCUAUGAGGAAAAGUUAUCUUCGAUCACAGACAGAAUCGUACGGUCAUGUGACUUCAACGUAAACACUUUCCUAACAGAGAUAGACCAGAGUCUACAAGCCAGUCGAGACAUCUUCCGACGAUUUGAUGAGAAAUUUCACGUAAUCAAUGAUGACGAAUGGGAGGCCAUACAAUUAAGGGCGGUACAACGAGAGACUCAAGACUGCCCAAUUUGUUUGACAAGUUUAGUAUCACAGACCUACAUACAUCCAUCCUGUUCAGACAAACGCUCGGGGUCUGCGAAAGAAAAAACUACAAUUUCAAACACUAAGCAGACCCCAUCAAACAGAAACAAAACCGCCGCAAGUAAACAAGCUUCCCUAGGUGCUGUUAGGCCGAAAUCUUUAAAGAGAGAGGAAAAAGAAGUACAUGAAUCUGGAACAACUAAAAAGAGAAAGACAGUUCUGCUAUCUUGUUCUCACGUCUUUCAUGAGCAGUGCUUACAAACUUUUGAGGAACUAUCUUUACAAGAUGGCCACCACGCUUGCCCCGUUUGUCGAUCUAUUUAUCAAAAGAAGAGUAUUUCAAUUUAGGAUUUGGAAAGUGUAGAAAAUGCAGACCAAAGAACUUUAAUUUAUAAAAUUAAAAUUUUCAGUUUUACUUGUGAAAUAUAAAAAUUAUUCAUUGAAUAGAAGUGUAAUUUUUUCGCUGCAUUGAGAAAUAUCAAAAGGGAGAUUUUCACUUGUGAAAGCAUAAGAUUUUUUGGGAUAUAAAACAGACCAAAAUACUGAAUACAGACAUAAGGAAUGACUUUUAUUAUUAUUUAUUUUAUUUUUAUUACAGAUUUGCCAGUAAAGUAUCAAGUUAUUCUUUUACAUACAAGUAUUAUUUUUUACUGCAGUGAGAAUUAUCAAAAUAUUUUUUUCAAGAAAAAAUAGCAUUCCUCAGAUUUAAACCAAUGACAAUGCAGAAAACAAAACCAAAACAAACAAUAACCAAUCAAAAAGCUUGAAAAGCUUGAAGUGUGUGUGCAGAGUUCCACACUGUCCUUGAUUGUGAUACUAUAUAGAAGUCUUUCUAUGAAUACUUUGUUUGAUUUUGUUUAACGUCCUAUUAACAGCUAAGGUUAUUUAAGGACGGCCUCCCCUGUAUGC